AAAAAAAAAAAAAAAAAAAAAAAACAUCCACACCUCUACUUCAAACAAACACCUUCUCUCACUUAUUACUCUUACCAUGGAAGAUAACAACACCUCCCAGAACCUCCCCAUCACCUGCGCUAAUGGCUGUGGUUUCUAUGGAAACCCAAUUAAUAAUAAUAUGUGCUCAAAGUGCUUCAAGGAAGUCAGUGCCAAGAACAACGGCGAUGGCUCAAACGCUGCCACCAACGGCACAGCCACUGCUCCUUCACAAAAGCAAACCGAACCAGACCUUCCCAUGACACAUUUGGCCCCUGUUCCAGCGGCAGCUCCAAUCCCCUCUAUCCCAGUCCACUCCGCACCAGUACAAGCACAACCCUCACCGGUAACAGUACCGACACCAGCACCGGCACCGGUCCCAGUAGUACAACAGGAACCCACUCCUAUGGAUUUCACCCCAACACCUAUGCCCGCACCCUCAUCAACAUCUCAAACAUCGGACAACUCUGCUCCUGGUGAACGGAAAACCCAAUCCAACAAAGGACGAUGCUUUAUGUGUCGUGCAAAGAUCCCACUUGCUAAGCAGGCCAUCAACAAGUGUCGAUGUGAAUAUGUCUUCUGUGAUACCCACAAGGCGAUCGACAAGCAUGAUUGCGAUUACGACUUUGCAAAAAUGGGAAGAGAUAUGUUGGCCAAAGCUAACCCCAAGCUCAACGACAAGCCCCGGGGAGGACGAAGCUUCACACGCUUGGAAUAAAGGGCAUCGUCUUUUUUUUUUUUCAUACUGUCACAACUGGAUAAUAAGCCCCUAGCAGCAGCGAUCAGCUCCAAACAUUAGGAUAAAACGCAUGCCUUGCCUCAAUAUAGCAGUUUCAGACAAUAAAAUAGACAUUUCUUGC